CAAACACUUCAGUCUUCCUUCCCUCUCUUGCUCUGGCCGCUGCUGAUCUUGGAAAACUGAAGUAAGGUGAAGUGAAGUGCUUCUUUGAUCAGCAAUGGCUCUGGUUUUGCAUGCUGGGAACACGAAUAAAAAUGCCUUCAAGGCACUCAUUGCUGCUGAGUACAGUGGUGUCAAAGUUGAGCUUGUCAAGAAUUUUGAGAUGGGUGUAUCAAAUAAAAGUCCUGAAUUUCUCAAGAUGAACCCUAUUGGAAAGGUUCCUGUCUUGGAAACACCUGAUGGACCUGUAUUUGAGAGCAAUGCCAUUGCGCGCUAUGUUACUCGAUUGAAGGCUGACAAUCCUCUUUAUGGCUCAACCUUGAUUGAAUAUGCUCAUAUUGAGCAAUGGAUUGAUUUUGGAUCAUUGGAGAUUGAUGCUAAUAUUUUGCGUUGGUUCAUCCCAAGAAUUGGUUUUGCUGUUUACCUUCCUCCGGCUGAGGAAGCUGCAAUUUCUGCAUUGAAGAGAGCGUUAGAUGCCUUGAACACUCAUCUUGCUUCAAACACUUACCUGGUUGGACACUCUGUGACAUUGGCUGAUAUUAUUAUGACAUGCAACUUGGUUAUGGGAUUUAGCCGGGUCAUGACAAAGAGCUUUACCUCGGAGUUCCCACAUGUUGAGAGAUAUUUCUGGACCAUGGUUAAUCAGCCAAAUUUCCGUAAGAUAUUGGGUGAGGUGAAACAGGCAGAAUCUGUUCCACCUGUUCAGUCAGCAAAGAAGCCUUCACAACCAAAAGAACCUAAGCACAAGGAUGAGCCAAAAAAAGAGGCCAAAAAGGAGGCCAAAAAAGAACCAGCAAAGCCUAAAGUGGCAGAGGCUGCUGAGGAGGAAGAGGCACCCAAGCCAAAGCCAAAGAACCCUCUUGAUCUGUUGCCUCCAAGUAAGAUGGUAUUGGAUGACUGGAAGAGGCUUUAUUCAAACACCAAGACCAACUUCCGCGAGGUUGCUAUCAAAGGAUUUUGGGACAUGUAUGAUCCUGAGGGCUACUCUCUCUGGUUCUGCGAUUACAAGUACAAUGAUGAGAAUACUGUCUCAUUUGUGACUUUGAACAAGGUGACUGGUUUCCUACAACGUAUGGAUUUGGCUCGUAAAUAUGCAUUUGGGAAGAUGCUGAUAGUGGGAUCUGAGGCACCAUUCAAGGUGAAGGGGCUGUGGCUCUUCAGGGGGCAAGAAAUUCCUCAAUUUGUAAUUGAUGAAUGCUAUGACAUGGAGCUAUACGAGUGGAAGAAGGUUGACCUCAGUGAUGAAGCUCAGAAGGAGCGUGUCAACCAGAUGAUUGAAGACCAGGAGCCAUUUGAGGGAGAGGCACUACUGGAUGCCAAGUGCUUCAAGUGAUGAGAUAAUACACCAUCCCAACUAAAGCGAGCUGGUUAAAAAAGGAUCAUCAAUUUUUUCUCUUCCUCUCUAUUCCUAGUUUUGUGUUUCAAAACCGAUUGAUCUGUCUUUUUGUUUCAUUACUACUAGUCUUAGUUUACUUCCAUAGCUUGGUAUGAUGUUAAUGCUUUUUUGGUCUCGAGAGUCAUGAGAAAAAUGUAUGUGUUCAAGCUUUUAAUUUAAAAUUUUCCUCACUGGACUUUUGCGUGCGAGUAUUCAUAGCUUCAAUGAUAUUGAAAUAUUGACUC